CACUGGUCGCACCACACCGUCACACAGUUCAGUGAGACAGACCGAGCUCCAUCAGCAACACGAGCCCUCAUGGACCGACAACUGUGUGACUGUGUGAUUGCUUUGGCUGUACUGCUGUGUGUGGCUACACAGGUGCUGUGCCAGCUGUGUGACAGGCCAUGCCUUUGCCCUGGUCCUGCUCCUCAGUGCCCCAUAGGAGUCCCCCUGGUACCGGAUGGCUGCCGGUGCUGCCACGUGUGCGCCCGGCAACUAGGAGAGUCCUGUACUGAGAUGCUUCCCUGUGACAGUCUGAGGGGACUUCAGUGCGACUACAGUGCCAGCUUUCCCGGACUCCCUGGGGAGUGUGUCAGUCAGAAGACUCUGGGCUGUGAGGUCAAUGGCAUCAUUUACCAGGAGGGGCAGUCGUUCCAGCCCUCCUGUGACACUUACUGCCACUGCAGGGGUGGAGGAUUGAGUUGCGUUCCAGCUUGUCCCUUGAAUGCCCGUCUUCCCACUCCAGACUGUCCCAAUCCGCAACACAUCCGACUACCAGGGAAGUGCUGCAAGGAAUGGGUCUGUGAAAACCUUGAAAACACAGUUAUUCAGGAUGCAAUUACAGCAAUGAGACCGGAUAAGUUAUGGCCAUCUCUGCAGAAGCAUCCCCUUCCAAAGAAAAAGUUUUCACCUGCCUCCACUUGCACAGAGCAGAGCACCCAGUGGAGUGCCUGCUCCCAGAGCUGUGGGGCUGGGGUCUCCACGCGGGUUUCUAAUCUGAAUCCUGCCUGCAAGCUGCAAAUAGAAACUCGCCUCUGUAAGGUGCGGCCUUGCCACAGUUUUCAGCCCUCCCAAAGGAAGCCCACGUGGGGACAGAAAGGACACUGCAAGGCCAGCUACACGUCACCGGGGCCCAUUCGGCUAGUUCACCAGGGCUGCUACAGCACUCGCGCCUACCAGGUCCGUUACUGCGGCCAGUGCACCGACUCUCGAUGCUGCACACCGCACCAAACCAGCACUGCUGAGGUGACCUUCAGAUGUCCCACUGGCAGAAUGCUGCAGCGAGCUGUGAUGAUGAUCCACUCAUGUGUCUGUCAUAAUAACUGCCCCUAUGCACCUUUCACCAAUCCAGCUCUGUGGGGAUACAGACCCUGAUCAGUGUGCAUAAGAGCACUGACUCACUAAGAAUAUUAAGACUCUAGUGACUGAUUCAGCAUCUACAGAUGGCUUGACAUGAACAAAGAAUGGAUCUUGAAAAGAGAAUAUUACCAUUUUCGAAAACUGUGACUGAGUUUGGAUGAAUAUUGCGCUUCAUACAGGGACUAAAUAUGCCCACACUUAUUCACAGCUCACAACUUCUAGAAAGCAUCAUUCUGCCAGUUCUCGACUUCAUCCAAGAGUCAAAAAGAAGCAAGUUAGGAUAAAUUUUAAAGAAAUGCACUGAUUUGGCUUUUUCGUUCCUCCCGGAGUUUGCAAGUAGAGCGAUUCCUGAUAAUAUAUUGCUUUGGAUGCCAAACAUAAUAUUUUAAAAUCACUCAAAACAUCUUGACUUUUUCCAGCUCUUUAGGCUGAAGUUUGGGUCAGUUUUUGAAAUGUACCUUAAAUGGAAAACACUGAACUAAACUGCAAUUCAGUUUUGGGCAAGUGGGUUAAAUUAAACUUGUGCAAGUCUGUUGAAUUCUUACCUGCAAAAAGAAGUCUAUAUUAUAACUUAAGGACACGUGACCAUGAUAUUAACUGGUCAUAAAAAUAGUUUUAAAAAUUGACUGAUAUUGCUAACUGGCAACUUAUGUUUAUACAUUCAACUUUCAGUGAUGUAAAAACUGUAAAUUCGUUUAAAAACAUGUCCCAGAGAAUGAUUACAGCUUUUGCAAUGACAUGUUUUGCAGAGAUAUUCUCUGACGUGCGCAAUGCAGCUUUUAGCUUUGUAAAGUUUUGUUUGUGACAUUGCACUUCGAUGUAUUAUUUUGGUGUAAAUAACUGUAAAGAGAUCCUGUACAGUGUUUUUUUUUUUAAAGUAUGCCCUGUAUU